GUCAUGAUUACUAAGUAAACUCGUUACUACAACCUGUGGGUUAAAUGGAGUGCAAGUCGGUUUCCCCACAAUGCAAUGACACACAUGCACUCAAAGUCACGAAAUAAUUGCGCAUAUAAAUAGUUGAAUGUGUUGCAAGAUUGUAGGUAGGUGGUUGAUUACAACGGUUACAUAGUCAUGUUGAACGGACAAACGUUUCUGAUGGUGACGCUAUUCACCUACUGCCUAACAUUUGAAGGUGUGUCAUCGUGGUUGGUACGUAAAGGUGAAGCUGUGCAACAACGCACUGAAUUCCCAUUCAUCGCACUUUUGACGACAAAGAAGACAAUGUGUACAGGCUCACUAGUGUCAACAAAGGCAGUGCUCACAGCUGGUCAUUGUGUUUGCUCACCGAUGCCAGUCGUUCGGGUUUCAUUUCUCACACUGAGGAAUGGUGACCAACAAGGCAUCCAUCACCGACCGUCUGGAGUGGUGGUAGCACCAGAAUACAUGCCAUCUUGUGCGUCGUCACGACAGAGGAGACGAGUCAAACAGACACUCAGUGGAUUCGAUAUUGCAAUUGUAUUGCUCGCUGAAAUGGUCAACUUACAGACCGGAAUCAAGGUGCUCAGUCUGCCACAGCCAACGGAUAUACCGGCACCUGGAACUCCGGUUUUCAUUGUUGGUUAUGGAAGGGAUGAUAACGACCGUGAUCCGUCACGCAGAAAUGGUGGGAUUUUAAAGAAAGGUCGAGCGACUGUGAUGGAAUGCAAACAUUCCACCACUGGAAAUCCUAUUUGUGUCCAAGCGGAGGUAGUGUUCGGACAAAUAACCGCCCCAGGUGACAGUGGCGGACCUCUCCUUCCAUCCCCGCAAGGUCCAGUCCUCGGCGUCGUAUCACAUGGUGUCACACUCUCAAACCGUCUGGAUGUUCUUGUUGAGUAUGCUAGUGUGGCUAGAAUGUUGAACUUUGUGAAAUCCAAUAUUUGAAUAGUAUCAGCUCGUAUCAUUCCCAUGUGUGUACAUAAUGUAUCGAUGAAUCCAUAUGCAAUUAUGUUAAGACAUUCUGAAUAAAUAAAUGACCUAAUGAACUACUCUGCUCAA